AUGUCUGAACUAGCAUUUGCAAAAUCAUUCCUCUCCGCGCUCGAUGCGCGCCCUGUCAAGCUCCGACCAGACUAUGUCCACGAGCCAGAAACCCCGCGGGCUCCAUACCUCCUCCCUCGCCUCCAACCCCCACGGCCCGAAAUGCCUAAGAAGACCAGAACCCCCGCGGCCCCCGGCUCCUCAAAGUCAAUCAGCAUAACGCUCAAAUCGGCGCGCAACCCCGUCCUUGAAUUCACGAUCCCAAACGCUCCGCUAGCCACGACAACAAUCUCAGACCUCAAGGACGCCGUCCGCGAACGAACGCUCGAGACAGGCUCCGAGAACAAGGUUGCGCUGGACAAGAUCAAGAUCCUGUAUAAGCGGAAGCCUGUUACAGGGACUGGGAAGACGGUUGGGGAGAUUCUUACCGAUGCGGGAGAGGGGACCGAGAAGGAGGUUGAGUUUGGGGUUAUGGUUAUGGGGGGUGCGAGGGUCGCUGACGGUGAGGGGCAGAAGCAAGAGGAUGCUGGUGGCGGCGAGACUACGGUAAAGCCUGCUGUUGGGCCUAGUGGGGAGGAGGUUUUGGUGACGGAGCAGUUCUGGGAUGAUUUGCAGGGUUAUUUGAUGCAGAGGCUUAAGGAUGAGGAGUUGGCGAAGAAAUUGCGGGUGGUUUUCGGGGAUGCGUGGGCUGCAACUCGGUAA